GGUUGCUGCCUUUCACAAGGCGUCUCACUCCGCCCCACCGGCGCCCACGCCUAGCUCCAGAAACCCGCAGGCGGCUCCCUGGCUUGAGGAGAAUACGCCGGCCGGGUUACAGCGCGGCCACCUCCUCCUGCCUCCCGCGCCCGGGAGUCGGCGCUGGCAUCAGAGAAACCUCGGAUACAGUAUUUAAUGAAAAAUCCAUGUUUGAGCAAUAAAAAUGGCAGGCUUCCUAGAUAAUUUCCGAUGGCCUGAAUGUGAAUGUAUUGAUUGGAGUGAGAGAAGAAACGCCGUGGCUUCCGUGCUCGCAGGCAUCCUGUUUUUUACAGGUUGGUGGAUAAUGAUUGAUGCAGCGGUGGUCUAUCCCAAGCCGGAACAGUUGAACCAUACUUUUCACACCUGUGGUGUGUUUUCCACGUUGGCUUUCUUCAUGAUAAAUGCUGUGUCCAAUGCACAGGUGAGAGGCGACAGCUAUGAAACAGGCUGUCUAGGAAGAACAGGUGCUCGAGUUUGGCUCUUCAUUGGUUUCAUGUUGAUGUUCGGAUCACUUAUUGCUUCCAUGUGGAUUCUUUUUGGGGCGUAUGUUACUCAGAGCCCUGUGCCUUCUGCAAUCUCAAGGGAGGUGCACAUACCUCUUCUAUUUGUGACGGGAUGCUCGGCGGAGUGUGAAACCAGUACUUGAUCAGCCCUUGGUAUCUCCGGACCAGGAGGAAACAGCCCCCGGUCAGCACCAGCAGCAGCGCAAAGGUUCCCAGACAGAUCAGGAUGAUCUGCUGCAGCCUGGUGGAGGCUACAGAAGGUGACGUCACAGUGAGUGAAAUGACCCCCCACUCAACACAAAUGCCAGUUGAGUUAUCGCCUGCUGCUGCUCAGAUGGCACCCAGGGAAUGGCUGGUCCCCCGCCCUCUACACUGUCUUACGCUUUAGUUUUUUCUUUUUCCCCUUUUGCAACUGGAUUUUACUAUGCAGUUCAGUCUUCAAACUCACUGUGCAACCUAGGUUGGCCUUAAACCUGUCGUGAUCCUCCUGCCUCAGCCUCUCAAGUGCUGGGCUUACAGGGUACGCCAUCACACCCAGCUUUCCCUUAUCACUGAAUUAAUACAGAUUGGGUAUCUUCUCUAAUUCAAAAAAAUCUUGUCUGAAAUGCUCCAAAACCUGAAACUUUUUGAUCAUCAACAUGAUGCCCACAGCAGAAAAUUUCACACUUCAUGUGAUAGGUCACAGAGAUCCAAGUGCACUAAAAAUACUAUGUAGAAUACCUUUCAGUCUUUGGACUGAGGUGGGGAAUCUAUGGCACAUGUGUUUGUGUGUGUGUGUGUGUGUGUGUGUGUGUGUUUGAGACAGGGUCUCACUGUAUAGCCCAGGCUGACCUCAAACUCACAGUCAUUCUCCUAUCUCAGCCUCCCAAGUGCUAGGAUUACAGGCUGUGUCACUAGGCCCAGCUUAUUGUGUUUUUAAGACAAAAGAUGUUAAUGUAUGAGUUUUUUUUUUAAAGGAGACCUCAUUAUUAACUUUAACUGCAGUGUUGGGCCUUUGGGAUAAGUGAGUACUGGGUUGCAGUUUGGGCUCUUGAUCUCUAAAAGGUUUGCCAUCACUGGUAUAAGAUAUAUCUGAAAUAUACUUUUUUUUUUUUUUUUUUUGUACCAGGGAUUGAACUCGCGACCUUGAGUUUGCCAGGCAGGCACUUAUGCCUCUAAGCUAAAUCCCCAGCCCUGAAACAUACUUGACUUUUGUGUAUAGAUAUGGAUCUCAAUCGCAAGAUAGCUCCUUAUGUAUAGACAAACAUUAUUGUUUUUGUUUUGUUUGGCUUGGUUUUUUGGAGACAGGGUCUUGCUAUGUAGUUCAGGUCCGCCUUGAACUCACUGUGUAGCCAGCCAAGGCUGGCCUUGAAUUCACUGUGUAGCCAGCCAAGGCUGGCCUUGAACUCGUGCCAAUCCUCCUGCUUCAGCCCUCCAAGAAUGCUGAGAUCACAGGCGUGCACCACUACACCCAGUUUAAAACAAAUAUUUGAAAUUAUGAAAAGAUUUGGAAUCCAAAAUACUCCUCAUCCCAAGCAUUUCAGAUAAGGGUCGCUCAGCUAGUUGGUGAUCCUAUAAUAAAAUGAUGCAUGUGUCAGCUGACUCACCACCUUGGCCACUGCAGGCCUCAGCCCCAGCUCCUUACACCCACAGGGUUUUUUGUUUGUUUGUUUUGUUUUUUGGUAUUGGCUGUUGAACUCAGGACCUCAAGCUUGCCAGGCAGGCACUGUGCAACUGAGCUACAUCCCCAGCCCUAUCUGCAGUAAAGUGUCCUCUCUUUCCCCCAUUUCUCUAUCUUCUCUGUCCCCAACACUUGCCAGUUCAUGAAUAUUUCCUGUUCUUAUUUUAGAAGUGUUCUUUCCCCAGCUCCUAACGGAUACAAGAAGGAUGUUUUACCAUCUGCUGCUGUUUCGGAGCAAAAUUCUUUGCUGAAAUUCCCGGGCUUCGUGAUCUUUGUCACUGUCCAAAACAGUUGUGCCUGGACUUUUAAACAGUACACUUUGAAGGGCUUCAAGUUUUCCAGCAAAAUGGAGUUGCUUGUGACAGGGCCUAUAACCUAUGGAAAGGACACUGUGAGCCCAGCUGAGAAGACCCAGUGGACAGGCUCGAGCCACGUCCAGCUUUCCCUGCCUUCCCUCAGAUCCACAGUGACAAUGACAGCCAAAGAAGAACCCGAUGUCGAGGGUCACUGCCCACAGGGGACAUGGCCUUGGGGUCUCAGAAGCCCCCUUGCAGCAUCUGUCAUGUAACAAUUGCCAGUUUCCAGGGUAAAAUGUCCUCCUUUAAAAUGAACAUCUUGAAUGUUAUGAUUAAUUGGAUCUAGAUAUCUUGAGUUAGUCAAAUGGGAAAAAAUAUUUUGGAAAAUAAGGUCCAUUUCACCCCCAACCUCCUUCUGGCCUAGACUGAACUGAGCCAGCUCCUUGUAUAGUUUUGGUCAAAAGGACCUGGGGAUUUGUCAUCAGGAGUGAGUGUCCAGGGUGAUCAGUCCCUUUGGACCAGGCGCCCCUUUGCCAGCCUCCCUGCCGUCACAUCCCUCACAAGGGUGGUUUUUCUGGGCACCUGCAGUUCUCCACAUGGGCCAGACCCUCCCAGACCUGCUGGCCCUGCUUUCUGGAUGCCUGGUCUCCUUCGGGUGAGUUUUGACCCACUCAUCUGUGCUCUCCUUCUAGACCUGCCGACCUUGGGUGUGCAGCCCUUCUUUUUCUUGGUCAUGAAAAUGGCCAUGGUGGCUUCGCCAUCAAAGGGAGACCCCUGGGUCCUCUGGGUGUUUUUUGGAGCCUGAUGUUAAAUAAAAGGGAUGGAAUUCCAAGACUA